AUGUCCGAACAUAUUUAUGCCAAUCAAGAUAUGUCAAGAAAGGUGAGAUACAACAGAAAUGUGCAGGAAGACAAAGAAGAGAGGGAGGCAAGGGAGGUGGUAAUAUACGAGAUCACAGACGCUAUCAGAGAUCACACUGAUAAUCAGUCACAUGGAGGAGGACCAGACACUGAGAGACAUCCUCCAGCUGUCCAAAGGAAGACUUUCAGGGCUGCAGCACUCUGUCUGGCAGUGCUCUGCUUUCUGAUGAUGACUGGAAUCAUCAUCUUAUCCGUAUACUUCAAUUUGCUGCAGACCAGAUACAACCAACUGAGCAACAACAACAGCCAGCUCCAGGAUGAAGUAAAGCAGCUGAAGGACAGAACUGAAGAUAAAAGCUGUGCUGAUGGAUGGACGAGAUUUGGAUGCAGCUGUUACUUUAAAUCUAAAGAGGAGAAGAAUUGGUCUGGAAGCAGAGCUGACUGUCAUCAGAGAGGAGCAGAUCUGGUCAUUAUAAACAAUGAAGAGAAAAAGAAGAUUGUCACUAAGCUGAGUAAGGAUGGAGAGUACUGGAUUGGUCUACUGAGUAUGUGGAGACAAGGAGAAUCGAAAUGGAAAUGGGUGGACGGAUCACCGCUGACAGAAACGUUCUGGGCAGCAGGACUGACUCGCUCUAAUGACGGUUACUGGUCUGCUGCAACAUGCUGCGAUCACCAAGGAAAAUGGACACAAAGUAGAUAUGAUGAAAGUAAGAACUGGAUCUGUGAGAAAAAGAUGAUCUGAACUCUUUGAUGACAGAGAGGUGUGUAGUGUUGGGAUCAGCUUUGUCAAAUCAGACCAAUUCUUUAACAUUUGCUCAGCUGUUUAUUCUGUGUUGCUAAAUAACCUGGAUUACAGAGAUAUUGUUCCUCUGCCCUUCAUAGAGCACAAUCUGGUUAGAAGUCAUGUGGACUUACUCUGUAGUCCUACAGGAUUAUUAUAAUACAAGCUAAAAAAAAACCUUUACUACCUUUACUUUGGUUUACUUAUAGUUGAUUACUACAUUUGUAAUCAGUUAGUUAGACGUUGUUCCUGUGUUUCCUUUGAUAAACCUGCAGUCAGCUGCUGAUUUCCAGCUGCCAGAGAGAAGCUUCCCCAGGAGAGUUAAACAUGCAUUAAGGUUCAUGUUAUAUCUCUUGACCAGAGGUCAUGUCCUGUAACUAGGGCUGGCUACCGUUCACAUUUUAAAUGGUACCUGAAAUUCAGUGUCUGGGGCAAAGGUUACUUUUUCCUGUACUUCACCUUUGUAAUAACAAAAAAUAAUUUCAGUUGUAAAAUAAUUCCAAACCUAUUUAUCCUUUUACACUCCACACAAAAUAAAACCCCUCCCUCUCCCCUCCCAAACCUGUCCCUUCAACCUUUUUAAUCAAAUUAUUAUUUACAUCUUAUACUGCACUGUAACUUGUAUUCUUGUAUUUGUUUCUUAUUCUAUUUUAG